GAGCCUGGGGAUUCAGUCCUCUGAGGAAGCGAGUGCACAGUCCCCACCGGGGGCCUGGAAUGCGCCAGAAUCGAGGACGUAGGGGCCAAACGGACCGAACUGGACCUCGCCCGCCGGCCGGACCAUGGCGCCCUCGCGGCUCGUCGUGACCGGCGCUUCCUUCGCCGCGUUCCGCGGGCUGCACUGGGGUCUGCAGCGGCUGCCCACGCCGGGGUGUGCUGCUCAGGACCAGUGGAAGUGGCGGAACGUCUGUGUCUCCCUGGUGCACAGCCUGCUCACUGGCACUGGAGCGCUGCUCGGACUGUCGUUGUACCCUCAGAUGGCGGCUGACCCGAUUCAUGGCCACCACCCACCCUGGGCCAUGAUGCUGGUGGCUCUGUCUGUGGGUUAUUUUCUGGCGGAUGGCGUUGACAUGCUGUGGAACCAGACUUUGAACCAGACCUGGGAACUUCUCUGUCACCAUUUAGUGGUGGUGAGCUGCCUCAGUACUGCUGUUCUAUCUGGCCACUACGUGGGCUUCUCCAUGGUGUCUCUGCUCCUGGAGCUGAACUCUGCCUGCUUGCACCUGCGGAAAUUGCUGCUGCUGUCUCACCAGGCCCCAUCCCUGACUUUCAGUGUGACCAGCUGGGCCACCCUGAUGACUCUGGCCCUCUUCCGCAUGGUACCACUGGGAUGGAUGAUUCUCUGGCUGUUCCGGCAGCACCAUCAGGUGCCUCUUGCUCUGGUCAUUCUUGGUGCAACUGGGCUGGCCACUGUGGGUGUCAUGAGCAUUGUACUGGGUGUCCGCAUUCUGGUCAGUGAUGUCCUGCGAUCUCGGCCCCACCGCCCCAUCGCUGGACACAGGGAAACCAGAGGGUCCAGGACAUAUUGUGAUGAUCGGCCUGUCAUCAGGGACAACCCCACUUUCAACUUGAAAGACUAAAGAGAAACUGCAGACUUCUCUUCUGCCAGCCCGGGGGAGGUGGGGCCAGAACAAGGUGAUGGUGGUCUUUAAUGCCCAGUUCCCUGCUGGGGUAAGGGAUAGACUAGAUUUCCAUAUCUCAGAUCCUCUUGCAGCUAACUCAUAGCCCUCUCUCUCCCAGCAUCUAAGAAGACAUGCUGGUAUUGAUGAAUGGGUGGGGGACCUGGGUUGCUGAUCGCUGAAUUCAGCCAUCAGAUGAUCACCACCCUUUCCUACCAAUGAACACCAGAGCCAGAGCCAGAGAGAAGCUGGAAGAAACUGCCGAUGAGAACUGCCUCAGCACAGGGACAGAUGAGGGUGGGUGAGGUCUUCCAAGAAUCAGAGAGCUCUGGUAUGGAGGGGGUGGAGACAGAGGGACUCACCUCUGACCAGACUGGCUGUGAGAGGUCAUAAGAGGUGCUAUUUGUAACCCGUAGGAUGGCUGUGGUAGUUGCCAAGAGACAAGAACCUGAGCCGCAGCAGGUUCUGCUCAUAUUUCUGGUUCUCAAAGCCACACUAUUGUUUGUAUUGAACCCUAGUCUCUCUCUCUCUCUUUUUUUUUUGUAGGAUUUUUUUGCCAUAGGGCACAUGUGCU